UCGCUCAUUCCCUUUAUGUCUUCGUCGGCUCCAGUCGGUUCCGUCCACGCCUAGAGAGCUUCGUUGACGUCAAGUUUCGUCGUGGGAGUGCAUUAUGCGCUCGUAAUUAGGUACUGUACGCAGUAGCUUGCGAGGGUGUCGCGGGAUGUAAACAUUCGUGUUGCAACGCCUGAGAAGGAUCACGUCAAGAAAGGAGAGGAAAGCAGAGAAGGCCUCAGAUGUGAGAUUUCGCGACUGGGCGAUCAUGAGUUGACACGUCGUCCCCGACGUCGCACCAGCGUUAAAUGCCGCCUGCGCCAGCCGCAGGAUGGACGUCGCGGAGGACGCCGAGGCUGCGCUGGAUCCGCGUAUUCAGAUUGAGCUAGAGAACUUGAACAAUGCAGCAGAUAAUAUUAAUAAAUUGGAGACUGAAUUGGAUGAAGCACACACUGCUUUUGGACAACUUCUUUCGGAUACAACAAGAAGGCUGAAAGAAAUUACGGAUAAACUGGGCACUAGCUGCAUCGAGAAGGCAAGAUGUUAUUACGAAGCACUGGAGUUGGCUCAUCAAGCUCAGGUGCAGUGUCAACAACAGGCGCAGCUGUUUCAAAGAGCCAGCGAAAUUCAUGCAGCGGCAAAAGAAACAGUGGCUCUGGCUGAAGCGCGAUUCAUGUCUCAUCAGCAUGAGUGGAAUUUUGACCAGGCAUGGCAGGAUAUGCUUAAUCAUGCGACUAUUAAAGUCAUGGAUGCGGAGAAUCAAAAAGCGGAGUGCGGUCGAGAACAUCAUAGAAAAGCGAUGUUAUUCCAUGACGCCGAGAAGAAGCUACUUCAAUUGGAGGAAAAACACCGACAUGCAAUAAUAAAAGCGAAACCGUACUUUGAGAUGAAGACCCAGUGCGAUCAAAUGUUAGCUACGCAGAAGGAGAGAGUAGAGUUCCUGCAACAAGCUGUUAAAGAAACCAAACGUAAUUACGCAACAAGUCUUCGAACGUUGGAAGAAAUUAGUAAUCAGAUUCAUCAGCAACGAAGAGAUUAUGAUAUUGUGGCUAAUGGACCGCGAGAACCUGGCGUCGGUGCCGAGCUUAUUGGUUCAGACACGCACCAAAAGUAUAAGAGCGAGUUCAACGAUUCUGAUAGUCGUAAAAUAUCUCCCAUUAGAUAUAAUAAAAACGAGAAUAACGAAAAACUACAUGAUAUCGAGAAAUCUUGUUUAACGAAGAACGACAUGGAACAUCUUGAUAAGAGAUCCGUUGACGGUAGCGAAAGCAAGUUCACGCAAUGGGAGCUCGAAUUGCAAACCAGUAUGGAAAAGUUAAAUCGUUUGUCGAUCGAGAAUUCGUUGUGCAUUAAGAAGCGCGACGCACAAAGUUCUUCCGAACUGCAGGAUGCAGUUAAAGUCAGCACCGGAACGUGCUAUAAUUCCUUAUCUGAACUGUCUAACACGCGUACUUCAAAUCAAUUUACAAGAUUAAUUGAAAGUCCGGGGACUAUCGAAAGGGACAGAUUUAGCGAUAGACCGCACUUGCUAAAGUCAUGCUCGACGAUUGAUUCAACGACAGCGAUACGCGGUACAUCAACGUUGACGAAGAGCAAUAUUUCAAAAUCGUUGAACAAUAGUCCAGUAAAUAGAGGUACAUCUAAUCUCGAGAUCACUGGUUCAGCGGGAAGCGCAAAUAUAUCGAAAUACGUGCCAAACAAAAUCUCUCAAUUCAAUAUUAAGGAUAGAAAAACGCAGAGCAGCUGGGACAUUAAUAUCCCUUAUAAUGCCAAUGUUACGAAUAAAGAAUCUGAAAAAGAUAGUUAUAGUAAUACAAACGAUACUUUAGUCAAUAAGAGCCACAUACAACUUACGAAUUUACAUGUCGCGCAAGUUUCUAAUAUCGAGUUCCUGCCUAAGGAAUCUAGUUUAUCGAGACAUCACGUCGUAGCAGCUCCCGUUGUCAGCCAGUAUUCGAAGAGCUCGCAUAGUGAUGUUGCAUUGUUGCAGUCACAAUCUAGCUCUAAUUUGCAAAAAAGUGCGCCAUGCAGUGCCAAUUCCAGUCCGAUAAAAUUAAAGAAUUUAUUAUUAUCGUCUGCCAGAUCCUUGGAUACUGGAAGUGCGGACCAGCUCGACAAAGGUUCAAUUUCCAAGAGGUUUGCGAACAAAACCACCAGUAUUAAAGAGUUACCGUUAUUAUCGCUCUUCAGACAAACGUCCGCGUUAUCGGCGCUUAGAGGUAAGAGUAGCAGCAUGAUCAAUUUGAGCGGUAAACAAAACCUAAAGACGCUGUUGGAAAAUUCUCAUCUGAGUAAUAUACAGACGAUUAGCGCGGAAAGAUUAGCGAACGUGAGACACAAGCUGGUCAGCGAUUGUCCAGAGACAAAGACGGGCGAUGUUAAAAAAUAAGUACAAGAAUGCGAUAAAAUAAAUCGCUUAGGAUAAGUGAUUUCUGCGUUUAACACGUGUGUAGAGAUUUGUUAAUGUCGUUCAUAAAAAACUCUGAAAUAAAAUGUUGUAACGGAAGCAAUGUAGCUUUAACAACAAUCGUUUUCGAGGAGUUACAAAAGAUACUGUAGGUUUUGCUGCAGAUUAUUCAACAGCUGGUUAUUAAUAUAUGCUGCAACGUUAAUUAACGAUAUGUAUUAUAUAAAUCGUCGCGAAUUAUUUAGAUAUUAAUAGUUUAUUUGUAUUAAAACGUAAUCACAGCAUUGCGAUCAAAGAAUGUGAUCAGGUAUCAGCACGAUUAAUUAAAUAUAAAUCUACACUCACACACAGUUUCAAUUAGGUAUAUACCUGCUGUAAAAAACCGACCAGGCGAUGUACGCAUCGUAUCAUUUACUAUUUUCUAAUCUUUUAAUAUGUGCUUUUUUAAUAAAACACGUGUUUCUUAAUAAGCA